AGCGUCACGCAUUUGUCAAGCCAACAUGUGUUUUUACAAACGGAUAAAAAUACUCUCAGUAGGGGUUAAUUUAAAGAUUUGUUCGUUCAAAAUAGUAUAGUUAUUGGUAGUGUACUAUAGUUUGUGAAAUGUUCUUUACCAAAGAAGUUUAUCGUAGCUUAAUAUGAAUUAAUAUUGCAGUUCUUUGAAUUUUUAUCCAACUUAACAUAUUAUACAAUGCAAGUAGUAAGAAUGAAUAGUUGUUACAGACCAACAGCGGUGUCCUGUAUGUUGUGUUCGUGUUUCAAUACUCAAUACUUUACUACAUCCUUUGGUAUAUUGAAAAUUAUUGAAAUUGUCUUAUGCUUAAUUUGUCAAUGUCAGCUAAUGUCCAGUGGUAAUAAAUAUUUGCCUACUACAGGAACAACGUAUGAAUCGUUUUUAACAACAGUAUCUGGAUGCUUAAUGACAACAACGGUUAUCAGUGCAUCAUAUUUACUGUCUAAGAAAACCGAAGUUCUAGUCAGAUCAUCAUUGUUUGAAUGUUUUUUUGGUAUUUUUGCAUCGUUUUGUUUUAUAAGCUGUUCGUCAUUAAUUGCAUUAAUAAUUUACACGAUCCUCUAUCCUGUGCUCGUGAUAUUACCUUUCUCUUCGUUUUUCACAUCAAUCAUUUUAGCAUACGCUUUGGGAUUUGUACUCGGCGUAUUAUACGCUAUUGAUGCAUAUUGGGCUUUCAAGUAUUAUAAUGGUUAUUGAACAUACACAUGCAGCAUAAUUUGAUCUUUUAUCAAAUUAAUAAUUUAGAUAAGUUAAAUUGUAAAAUUAUGUAAAUAAUAAAACUAUGCUAUCAAUACAAAUCGUUUGUA